AUGUCAAAAUCUGAAAAUUUCUCAGAGGCGGUCAGCCCUGUCCUUCGUUUGAGACCUGUUGCUCAAUCCGAAGAAGUAGAGCCAGAGCCUUGGAAAGGGACUGUUCAUCUUGAUGGGCCAAUGGUCCCGCACCCUUCAUUUUUGAGAGAGUAUCCAUCAGAAGAUCGUGCUCGUUCAAACUACGUAACAGGCAUCACUAAAGACGAGUACCGAGAGCAAUGGAAAAAUAAGCGGGCGGAGCUGUACCAGCAGAUUCGAGCGCUCAAAAAAACGAGAGAAAUUGGGUCCCCGGAAAUACUAGCGCUCGAAGUUACUUAUCCGCCAGUUGAUAUGACGCAAAGGGAUGGAAGAACAGAUGAUGAUCUUGAAUCAGCACUGGAAAGCUAUCUCAUACCCGGCGAAGAAACACCGCUUUCAAUGAUAGAGCGUUAUGGUGCGGAUUGGGGGCUCAACGCUCGAGGCAUCUAUUAUCGGCAUUUUUACUCACCGGCAUACGUUACGCCAUGCCAUAAUCUCUGGCUUCCUUCACUUCAUGAUACCGAUUGGAACCAUGUUAGCGAAGACGGUCGUCGUGUCAGAGCAGAAAAAUUCCUCAAGCAUAGCCUGGACAACGAAAGAUUUAAGAAAAGCGAAUAUGCUUGGGAAGCCGAUGCGUGGCAAGAUGUUUUUGGUCUGCUAAGGGAGGACCCAGCGUUGGCAGUAAUACCGGAUGCUACUUUCGGACUUGCGACCUUCAAACCUGCCGAUUACCCCGAGUACCCCGAGUCUUUGGAUGUAUGGAGCCUAGAUCGUGACCGUCUUGAAUCCCUCCUUCUGCAUCGCCACUGCGGUCUCAUUUCUGACCCACAUUGGGGAGAUGUAGACCUAGUCUUCCCUUUUGCUGUUUAUGAAGCUAAGGGAUGGAGUGGGGACCCUCGAGAAGCUCGCCGCCAAGCUUGUUCAGCAGGAGCGGUUUACCUUGAUAUGCUAGAUAACUUAGCAAGGAAGCCAGGGCCUUCUGUUGGAUCAGAAAGACCAUACCAAACUGAACAGAGUUGCAAUAAUCAAGUUUUUGCUCUCACGUCCUUUGGAGCUCAUUGGCAUGUGUUGGUGGGCUACAAGCGACUGCGUCUGGAGAAAGAGCAUGCCGGACAUGAAGGACUCAGUAAGUCUGUCUAUGUUUUUCAAAGGAUCUGGAGCGGCCGGGUUGUGACCAAGCGCAAAGCAUGGGAGCUCUUGUCGUUGGUCGACCAGAUACAUUCCUGGGGAGUGACAGAGCACCGAGAUUUUGUCAUUCAACAUCUUAAGGCCUGGCAUGAAUUUGGCAAGUUAUGCUAUGCCAAUGAUUUUCAAUGGUUGGAGCAGCAAUUGAGCAAAGAUCCGCUCAAGGAAUAUAGGGAAGAACAUGGUGAACCGAGGAUACUAGGACCAGUCGCAUCCUUGCAGCUAGCAGGUUGGGUCAAGAACUUGACUACGGAUACUCGAGAUAAGCUACGAGAUAGGGCUGUAUUUCACUUUUGGGAAGCUCGUCAACGAGAUGCUGACGCCAAUAAAGAUGAUGAGCCUAUAGAGUUGCACUGCGUACAAGGAGACUGUGGCCCAACAGAAAGCCCGGGGUUCCCUUUGACAAACAAGGAGGAAUUCUCAACGCAUUGUCGCCAGGUACAUGGAUACAGCGACAGAGACAUAGCGGGUAUUAAACACGCUUUCAAAGAACUGAAAUUUCUUGAAGAACGCCCCAAUGAGCCAAAUCUGCGGCAGAUGAAGAGAUCGACCUGUGGAGAACCUGGACCAUCUGCAAAGCGGUAUAGAAGUCAACGCUCUACAGCCCAGGGGGAGUCUGACCUUGGCAAGGGAAAAGCUACAGUUAUUGACCUAACUGAUGACUAG